AUAACUGAGCGGUAGUGAUGCAACUUCUUUAGGAAGGCGUACAACUCUCAGUCAGAUCUCUCAUCUUCUCCCUCUCUCAAAGCUCCGAAAACUCACCGAGAUGGCGCUAAAUCUCCGCCAGAAGCAGACCGACUGCAUCGUCCGGAUGCUCAACCUGAACCAGGCGGUGGGCGGCGAUGCCGGCACGGCCAACGAGGAGGUCUACAAGAUCCUGAUCUACGACAGGUUCUGUCAGGACAUACUGUCGCCCUUGAUCCACGUCAAGGACCUCCGCAAGCACGGCGUCACCCUCUAUUUCCUCCUCGACAAGGAUCGGAACCCCGUGCACGACGUCCCCGCCGUCUACUUCCUCCAGCCGACCCCGGCCAAUGUGCAUCGCGUCAUCUCCGACGCCUCCCGAGCGCUCUACGACUCCUUCCACCUCAAUUUCUCAUCAUCGAUUCCCAGGCCUCUCCUCGAGGACCUCGCCACUGGGACAAUUAAUUCUGAUUCAAUUCAGAGGAUUGCAAAGGUGCAUGAUCAGUAUUUGGAGUUUGUGACCCUGGAGGAUAACUUCUUUUCUCUUGCCAACAAGAACUGUUAUGUUCAGUUGAAUGAUCCUUCGGCUGGAGAUAAGGAGAUUGAGGAAAUUAUUGAAAAGAUUGUUGCAGGGUUGUUCUGUGUUCUUGCAACCCUUGCAGUUGUGCCCAUUAUUAGGUGUCCUCGAGGAGGGCCAGCUGAGAUGGUGGCAUCCUUGCUGGACCAGAGACUGCGGGACCAUUUGCUGGCGAAGAACAAUUUGUUCAACGACGGGGGGAACUUCACCAGCACUUUUCAGAGGCCAAUAUUGUGCCUAUUUGAUCGGAAUUUCGAGCUAUCUGUUGCCAUUCAACACGACUUCAGGUACAAACCGCUCGUUCAUGAUAUACUCGGCCUUCGGUUGAAUAGAUUGAACGUGAAAGGAGAAAAAGGUGGGAUGAAAUCAUUUGAAUUGGAUAGCUCUGAUCCUUUCUGGACAGCAAACGGGUCACUCGAGUUUCCAGAAGUUGCUGUCGAGAUUGAGACGCAGUUGAGCAAGUACAAAAGAGAUGUUGAGGAGGUGAAUAGGCGAACAGGUGGCGGUGAGGCCGAGUUUGACGGGACUGAUUUGAUUGGCAACACGAAGCAUCUUAUGAAUGCGGUGAAUUCACUACCCGAAUUGACCGAGCGGAAACAAGUGAUUGACAAGCACACCAACAUCGCAACUGCACUGUUGGGUGAGAUUAAGGAGAGAUCGCUUGAUUCUUUUGCGAAAAAGGAAAGCGACAUGAUGAUCAGAGGAGGGAUCGACCGUAAUGAGCUUCUUGGCGUGCUUAAGGGCAAAGGGACAAAGAUGGACAAAUUACGAUUUGCCAUCAUGUACCUGAUUUCGACCGAGAGCAUCCCGCCUUCAGAAAUCGAAGUUGUGGAAACUGCACUGAGGGAAUCUGAGGUCGAUACCAGUGCCUUCCAAUAUGUGAAGAAGAUAAAAGCACUGAACGUGUCCUUAGCGUCGGCUAAUUCUGCAAGCAGGAGCAAUAUUGUCGAUUGGGCUGAAAAACUUUACGGGCAGUCAAUUAGUGCUGUAACUGCGGGAGUGAAGAAUUUACUGUCCAGUGAUCAUCAGCUGGCUUUGACUAGAACAGUCGAUGCUCUAAUGGAGGGGAAGCCUAAUCCUGAAAUUGACUUGUACCUCAUUUUCGAUCCCCGUGCGCCAAAGUCGAGCUCGGGCAGCCACAUGAGAGGGCCUUUUAAAGAGGCUAUUGUGUUCAUGGUUGGUGGUGGAAAUUAUGUGGAGUAUGGGAGCUUACAAGAGCUUGUCCAUCGCCAACAGCCUCCCAAGCAUGUCAUCUAUGGUACUUCCGAGAUUCUCACGGGGGGUGAGUUUGUCGAGCAGCUUGCGCUGUUGGGCCAGAAAAUGGGUUUGGGAGGCAAUCAUAGUGCAAGCCCAAUGAAAUAGACUUAACGUGCUUGUGCUUUUGCAAUUGCUGCGGCUGCAUUUUUGUUGUUCGAGAGCAACUCUUCUUCUUUCUUACCUCUGGUUGCCGAUGGCGGACUUUUAUUGCUCUGGAAAGUACUUUGAGAUGAUUUUGACUUUACUGAACUUGAGAGAUGUUAUUGUUUAAAACAUGUGUGUCCAUAGUUAUAGAAAUGGGGGUUAUGUAUUUGUUGCAGCAUAUAAUCAGUCUCUGUGCACUUGUGCAGGAAAUUGCUUGGUUGUAUCCUUUUGUGCUACUUUGCCAUGAUUUUGGAAAACUGAGCAGUAUUUUUUAGAUCACAUUUUACCCCAUAUGUGAAAUAGUAAAUUCUAUUCCAUUUGGGUAUGUUUGUUAAUUUUUUAUUUUCAUCAGAAAAAAUGUAUCACCUGGUCAGUAGUGAUGCAUUGCAG